UGGCCAGGUCAUAGUUGGUUUCCAACGUUGACUGGCCCAGAAGAACUGCUACGUGGCCUGAGAGUUCCAAUUAAUAUAUGCAGGGCGCAUACUUUCUGCAUUCAACUGAUUAGCCAUCACAUUCCCAGCUACAUACAUGCAACGCCGAGCCCAUUUCUACUCAGCCAAGUCUAAUGGCCGCCCCCUUCUCUUGACUUGGAUGAAGCUCUAUCAAAGGCAGCCCUUUCCUUCAGUUCAAUGCCCUACCUUGCCCAAGCGCACUGGCAUUGGCCACAAGUUUCACUACUUGCGGAUGAUCGUGACUGACAGUUGAACGAACUCAAAAACACUCGGCAAGAUGCCGUCGCUUGACGAAUCGGAGUCUCCCAUACGGGACCCUUACACGGCAUCAGACAGCGAACGAGGACGAGGACAAAGGAUGUCUUCUUCGAAGAGAUGGACGGCACGAGCCCCGCCAUUGAGGAUACUCUCGGCGACUUCAUGCUGCAUAAUCCUGGGGCUGACCAGCGGCAGAGGUACUUCAUUUCGAGGGACAAGACGUCUAACCCCGUGUAUGAACGGUGGCACCGGCGCUGGAUCCAUCUGUCUCGGAAGAGCUCGCGGUUCCGCAUGACCGUUGGGACGGUCCUUGUCGUCCACGGCUGGGAGACGGAGGAGAAGAAGCAGCCCAUGUCCCUCAUCGUCCUCGGCGUCAGACUCAACUGCCACGCCUCCGGCGUCCGCAUCCAGUCGGCUCGCAUGUGGUUCACCUUCCACGAGGACGACGAAGCCAGCCCGCCCAACGCGGAGGAGGCUGGCUCCGAAGUUGUUGCCUUUGCCCCGUUCGUGGAGCAAGAAGUGACCAACGCGAACAGCGAAAACAGGGAAGAGGCUAACUACCUUCGGGGAUAUUUUGGGCUUGAGCAGAUCAUCAGCACAGGCCUGGAAGCCUCGAGGGGGCCCACGAGCGCCUACACACGACAGCACUUCCAUCGCAGGACAGCCGACUGCAUUGUCCGGGACGACAAGGGUUGCGGCGUGGACUGGUUCUGUGAGCAGAACAAGUUGACCAACCCCAUUCCCACCUCGCUGUCUUUCUCAAGCGCAACCACACCAGGGCGAACAACAAAGCCCAUCUCGUUCAGCGACGUCUUCGACAUGCGCAUUGAGGCCGGCUCCGUAUAUGGUCUUAACGACAACAUUUGCCGUGCCUUCCGCCUGGGCAGACCAGGAGCCGAACGCAUUCAUUACGAUCCACGCAAGGAUCCUUAUGAAAGGCGGUUUCGAGGGGUUCGGGUAGAGGCUACUAGCCAACAUUGAGUGAACAGCCUUGGGAAGUUGAUGGGGAAGGGAAAACUUGAACAGACUCCUGGACCCUGAGAGAACGUAGGGGCUGGAGCCAAUGGCCCCAAGCGGCGCUAACACGGGGCCCAAAGAUGCUCGUGAAGUAGGAUUGUUAUUGUGUGGAGCUUCCUGACACCUUCGGUCAUACAUAUUUUCGGCUAUGCUGCUGGUUCUAAUUCAAGAGAAACUCUCAGCCUGUGGAUGCAAACGCCAAGCUCUGAUGGCAAGAAAGGCGGGGAGGUCAAUGGCGGUGCAUUCUUAACAGAAUAACCAUGUCGAUUUCCCAAUGAAGGGAACCUAGUUAGAGCAGCGUUGUGUUUCAGUCUAUUUAAGUUUUCCUGUUAUGUGGCAGACUAGCCAGUUGAAUAGC